ACACCGUUCGCUGCGCCGGGGAACCGAGAGAUGGAACGCAAAAGGGACGAGCCUUUUGGCAAGACACUUCUCACUUCAAUAUUGGGCCCGGAACGUGGGGGUGAAGGACAUUAUGAGAGCCGCUUCAAGGGCAAGUGGGUUCAGCUGAGCAAUCCGGAUCGAGCGCGUCCGAAGCCUGCCGAGGGAAGUAAUGCAGAUCGAAAGACAAGACGGAGAGACCAACGCUUGGUCAAGCGUGCUAGGCAGAUGGAGACACGCAACACGCAUCAGAGAUUCACAGACUCCCGCGACGCAGGGAAGGUCAACAGUAACGAGCCCACUACCUCGAAGAUAGCGGACAGAGAGGGGGAGCGCGACGAAGACGACGGUAAGCCCUUGAGCAGGAGGAAACGGAAGCAAAUGGGCCUUGAAGGCAAGGUCGACCAGCAUACCAGCUACGAAUCCUUUUUACCUAUUCAUCAGCUCUGGCUGUCCUACAUGCACCGCCUCCUACACCUCAUCGAGCUUGAUGGCUCCCCCAACGUCCAGCUCUUCUCGCUCUCGGAUGACCAAAGCAUCUUCAUGCAACCGCAUCAGGUCUCAGCUGUACAGGCCACGCUGACGAAAGCAGACCUGUGCGGCGCGCCCAUUGUCGUUUCCCGCGCCUCAAAUCCCGCCUUGGUCGGGCUCGAAGGUCUCACAGUCCAAGAGACUGAAGGGACAUUCGUGAUUGUCAAUCGCAAGAAUCAAAUAAAGACCAUCCCUAAGCAAGGGUCCAUCUUCAUACUCCAAGUGAAGCUACCAGACACACUCGUUGAGGCGCUGCGAAAGCGCUCUUCCACACCAUCUGCUUCGCCCUCGGGCGCCGAUACAUUGCAAGUACCGCUCUUUGGCAAUCAGCUUACGAACAAUGUGCAGACAAGAGCAACGAAGAAGUACAAACAGAGGCGAACCAUUGACCUGUAGCAUAGUAUAUCCUCAUCAAUUCAUCAGCCUAGGCAC